ACGUCCGUAUUGGCCAAUCAAUGUUGACUGCUGUAAUAGUUGAGGAUCUGCGAAGUGACCCUGAAUGACGACAAGGUGCAGGAGCAACAUCAGUUUAGGAACAACCUCACGCGACGAAUUUCCUCACCUACUUUCUACUCACCCUGGGUACAAUCAAAUAAAACCCGACCAGCAACUGUACUGAAAAAUGUAUGCACACAUCUUGGUCGGCAUUGCGAGCUUAUCGCGGCUUUACGGAGCUGUGCAUGCUCUGCCCACCGAGCAACAACCAUUGCAAUCGAAUGGCUCUCCAGACGUCCAAAAAGUCCAAGCAGCCCUCAGAGACGCCGAAAUCAUCCCCACAGUCAUCGACGACUUCCUCCCCAGCCUCACCCUGUCACUCUCCUAGAAACAUCACUCCGCCGACCUCGGCAACACCCUCAACCCCAAACACCUCCAAUCCGCACCCCACAUCACCCUGCGCGAAGACACCAGCCCCGACACCACCACCCCACACCCAACCUACGUCCUCACCCUCACCGACCCGGACGCCCCCUCACGCAAGGACCCCAAGUGGAGCGAAAUGUGCCACUGGAUCGCAACCAACGUCUCCGUCGCGCCGCGCCACUUCUCCAUCCUGCCGCUCCUCGAACACGGACUGGUGCAGCACGACAGCGAGCACAGCAGCGCUGAUGAUGUGGUCGAGUACAAGCCGCCGGGCCCGCCGCCGCGGACGGGAAAGCACCGCUAUGUGUUCCUUGUGUUUGCGCCGCGGAAUGGGACGACGGAGCCGUUGCGAUUGGAGGCGCCGAGCGAGCGGCGGCAUUGGGGGACGGGGGAGGAGGGGGGCGGGGUGCGGGAGUGGGCGGGGGAGAACGGGUUGGUGGCUGUUGGGGCGAAUUUUGUGUAUGCGGAGAAUGACGAGCAGUAAGAUUAAUGGUCAGCGUGGUAGGGGGGUCUCGUUACAUAGUGAGUGCAAGUUGUGUGGCGCUGUUCAAGGUUGUUUGUGAUGUAUAUCAUUCGUCUGUACAUUAUCGUGGAUUACGUAGUCUCAAGCUCAAGGGGUAUACAACUUGGAC